AUGUUUUUACGUUCCUCGAGCACAACCCUUCUCAAACUCUUUAAAAAUGGAGGGUUUUCAUCCUCUCGGAAAUUUAAUCACCAUCAUCGUCAUUACAAUAAUAUUUUUAAACUAGUUUCAUCAAAUUAUACUACUAGUACAAGAAGAAACUUUUGUCAAAAUUAUUUAAAUUUGGAUACAUCGAGACCUUCAGAAAUUGAUCCGGAAACUAUUCGUUCCAUUCAUCAACGUGUUCAAGAAUAUUCUUCACGUGUUCAACAAGCAAAGGAUGAAAAGCCAAAUGCUUCCUUUCUUACAGAAUUGAAUGAAGGUGAACAAAAGGAUCUUGCAUCAUGCUACAAUAACUUGGGAUAUUAUUGUCUUCAACAAUUAAACAAACCAAAGGAGGCUCUCUUUUACUUUUUACAAAGUAUUCAAUUCAAUUAUAAUAAUGAUCCAAUCAUUUUGUUUAAUGCUGCUUCACUUUUUGAGAGAGAAGGAAAGAGACCAGACUCGGCAGCUGAAUUAUAUAUGAGAGCCAUUAGAAUUGACCCAUAUUUUGUUGAUGCAAAGGUUCACCUUGCUCGUAUAUUUUCCAGUCAUGAAACUGAAGAAAGUUCUAGAUUUCAAGCUGCUGAAUAUUUAUUCACUGACUUGUAUAAAACACACAAUCAUUUGGGAGCAAUGAUUGAAUUGGCAAUGCUUUAUUCAAGAAAGGGUGACCACUCGGAGGAAUAUAGAGAAAAGACUUUCCAAAUUUUGGAUGAAUUGUUACUAAAACUUGUGGAGGAACCAAAUUAUAUUGUGGAUUUUAAGGAAAUGGAUGUUAAAGUUCCACAAGAAUACAGUCAAGAAUUGAUUUCUAAUUUGGAUGCCUACAUGAAAGGAUUCAGAAAUAGUGACAAGCAAGAAUUACUGCUUCAGGAUCCAGCAUUUGGAGCUACAAUUAACAUUCCAUACGAGAAUGAUGGCAAUGGAUUAAGUUUGGAAAUUGCUGAUAUUUCUUACAGAUAUCAUGCUCAAGAUAAUGAAACAGUUACUGGUUCUGAUGUGAUUAACACAAUUUGUUAUCUUUUAAAACAAUUCAAGAGAGAGCGUGAUGCCAAAUCACUCUUUGAUCAAGUGAUUAAAGUAAUUGAAAAGGAUUCCCCAUCCAAAGAAGCCUACAUUGUUGACUCAUCUACACUCUCAGCCUCCAUGGCACUCUCAGAGGAUGCAAUCAAAAAAAUCAUUAAGGAUAUGGAUGUAAAUGAGAAGGCCAAGUUUUAUAUGAAUUGUGCAAUUUUAUCAAAUGGAAUGGGUCAAGUUGAUGAAAGUAUCAGUCUCUUAGAAAGAGCCUUCGACAUGACAAAGGGUAAAGAUACUCAAAUUAUUGCCUGUAUGGCUCUGUACAUGCAAGAAAAGAGUCCACAAGUUUCAGAUCUUUUAUUUAAGCGAGUCAUCUCUUUGGAACCAACAGAAUUCCAACACUAUAUUGCCUACAGUUCAUUCUUGCACCAUCAAUCUAGAACUAAGGAUGCUCUUUCAUUGUUAGAAAGAACCAUUAAGAAAUAUCCUCAAAUGAAAGAACAAUUGGAAAAGCAAAUGGAAUUGAUAAGGGAUGUAAAUAGUUCAGGACCUGGUAACAUGGCUGACUUAUUUGGUAACAGUUUCUCAAGAUAA